AACGCGUUCAAAACAAAGAGAAUGUAGGGCCUCAACAUGAAGAAUUGCAUUUACAGUGCACCAAAGCAAGAAAAACCAUGCCUAACAUGCAUUGGCAAGACAAUGAAAUUCGAUUCGAUGUGAGUUCAAGUCUGCUGAAUAUGGUUCCAGGCGAAUUUGUCCUCGAGCGAGUAGAACUCGUGGAAGACACAAAAGCAAAUAGCGGUGAACCUGGUUGCCUGAUUAUGACAAAUCUCAGACUUUUAUGGUAUUCCCAUAAAACUGCUAAACUAAACCUCACCAUUGGAUACAAUACUCUUGUUAGUGUUACUUCUCAGCCGUCCAACAAUAAAUCCAAAAGGAAUUCAGCAAAUACCUUGCAUAUUUUAACCAAAAUAGGGAACGAAAAAUUCGAAUUCUUAUUCACGCCAUUAAACGAAAAUAAGAAGGAUUUUUCUGCAAUCUUAAACGAAAUCCAUAAAAGUUACUGCGUAUCCAAACCUUUUCGCGAGCUGCGGUUACGGCAUCACAUAAUCCAAGCAAACCAACUCAAAGUAAUGCCGCUGGAACACAUAUGCAACAGAAUCGACGGGGUAUGGAACCUGGCCAACAAUCAAGGAAAUUUAGGUUGUUUCAUCAUUACAAACGUUCGUGUCGUUUGGUUCGCUAGUCUCAACGAAUAUUUUAACAUUUCCCUACCGUACCUGCAGAUUGCACAGUUCAGCGUGCGGGAUUCGAAGUUUGGUCAAGUAUUGGUCAUAGAAUCAGUGGAUAAUAGCGGAGGAGGAUACGUUUUAGGUUUCCGCAUCGAUCCGGCAAGCAGACUUAAGCAAAUAAUCCAAGAGCUCCGGUCGCUGCAUGUCACGCAGAAUCGUAAUCCUGAAUUUGGCGUUAUUUGGAAAUCAACUUUAGAGGAUCAAGCAAAAACUUCUAUGCCUUUACCACCCAAAGAUGAGAAGCAAGACCAGGGCGUGCGCUGCUUCGCCAAUUACUUGCAACCUGACUGUUUUAAUUCAAUUUCUGGUGACCAUCCACCUGAGUUUGACAAAAGCAUCGGACUUGCUAUGGAGAAGUUGCCAAAAGGAGUUAACCGAAAUUCCCUGUGGAAAAUAACGUUUUAAGUCCGAACCAAAAACUGUAAUAAAGAUAUCCCUUUUACUGAACUGAGCUCUGCUUACGUUUGGUGGAAUCGGAAAAUAAAUAAUCAGCAUUGCA